CUCUGGUUGUCCGAUGUUGGAAGGCCAGGCAGAACAGACUUGCCGCGGUUCUCGGUCCGCUCUGGGCUGCAGUGAUUAAGCUGAGCUUUGGCUCGGUAACCCCUGCCAGUGACGAGGGAGUUAAGCUGGACCUUUGCCUUGAAGGGUACAGAAAGCGAGCACAGCCUCUCGGCCGGACAUAAAUGGAUCUAAAGACAGCAGUAUUUAACGCAGCUCGGGAUGGCAAACUCCGGCUUCUCACCAAGUUGUUGGCCAGCAAAUCCAAAGAGGAGGUUUCCUCCUUGAUCUCGGAAAAAACCAACGGGGCCACGCCACUGUUGAUGGCGGCCAGGUAUGGGCAUCUGGACAUGGUGGAGUUCCUCCUGGAGCAGUGCAGUGCCUCCAUCGAGGUGGGAGGCUCGGUGAAUUUUGACGGCGAAACCAUCGAGGGGGCACCCCCUCUGUGGGCCGCUUCUGCCGCAGGACAUCUGAAGGUGGUUCAGUCUUUGUUAAAUCAUGGGGCGUCCGUCAACAACACGACUUUAACCAAUUCCACUCCCCUGCGUGCUGCCUGUUUCGACGGUCAUUUGGAGAUCGUGAAGUACCUCGUGGAACACAAAGCCGAUUUGGAAGUGUCCAACCGACACGGGCAUACCUGCCUGAUGAUUUCGUGUUACAAAGGACACAAAGAGAUUGCGCAGUAUCUACUGGAAAAGGGAGCCGAUGUUAAUCGAAAAAGUGUCAAAGGUAAUACUGCACUGCACGAUUGUGCAGAAUCUGGGAGCUUGGACAUCAUGAAGAUGCUCCUUAUGUACUGUGCCAAGAUGGAAAAGGAUGGUUAUGGAAUGACUCCCCUUCUCUCAGCAAGUGUGACUGGUCACACAAAUAUUGUGGAUUUUCUGACUCACCAUGCACAGACCAGCAAGACGGAGCGGAUCAAUGCUUUGGAGCUUCUGGGAGCUACAUUUGUAGACAAGAAAAGAGAUCUGCUUGGGGCUUUGAAAUACUGGAAAAAAGCAAUGAACAUGAGGUACAGUGAUAAAACUAAUAUAAUUAGCAAACCAGUACCACAGACACUAAUAAUGGCCUAUGAUUACGCCAAGGAGGUCAACAGUGCAGAAGAACUCGAAGGUCUCAUUGCUGAUCCCGACGAGAUGCGAAUGCAGGCACUAUUAAUCAGAGAACGUAUUCUUGGUCCUUCUCAUCCUGAUACUUCUUACUACAUUAGAUACAGAGGCGCUGUUUACGCAGACUCUGGGAAUUUCAAACGCUGUAUCAACCUAUGGAAGUAUGCUUUGGAUAUGCAGCAGAACAAUUUGGACCCUUUAAGCCCAAUGACCGCCAGCAGCUUACUGUCUUUUGCGGAACUGUUCUCUUUUAUGCUACAGGAUAGGGCUAAAGGCUUGCUGGGCACCACUGUUACAUUUGAUGAUCUGAUGGGCAUACUGUGCAAAAGUGUCCUUGAAAUUGAGCGAGCUAUCAAACAAACGCAGUGUCCAGCUGACCCACUACAGUUAAACAAGGCGCUUUCCAUCAUUUUGCACCUAAUUUGUUUGUUAGAAAAAGUUCCUUGUACUCUAGAACAAGACCAUUUUAAAAAGCAGACUAUAUACAGGUUUCUUAAGCUGCAUCCUAGGGGAAAGAAUAACUUCAGCCCUCUUCAUCUGGCUGUGGACAAGAAUACUACAUGUGUAGGACGGUACCCUGUUUGUAAAUUUCCAUCUCUGCAAGUUACUGCGAUACUGAUAGAAUGUGGUGCUGAUGUGAACGUCAGAGACUCCGAUGACAACAGUCCCCUACAUAUCGCUGCUCUGAACAACCAUCCAGACAUCAUGAAUCUCCUUAUUAAAUCAGGUGCACAUUUUGAUGCCACAAACUUGCACAAACAAACUGCUAGUGACUUGCUGGAUGAGAAGGAAAUAGCUAAGAAUUUGAUCCAACCCAUAAAUCAUACCACAUUGCAGUGUCUUGCUGCUCGUGUUAUAGUGAAUCAUAGAAUAUAUUAUAAAGGGCAUAUUCCAGAAAAGCUGGAGACCUUUGUUUCACUUCAUAGAUGAUAGUUUGACUGUGUUUUAGCACUACUCAAGCACGAAUUGGCAACAGUUGUUUUAUAAAUGAACACUGUUUGUGAUGACACCAGCAUUCAUUUCGCUUGACUGUCCGCGUGCUCUCAUUGGCUAAAGCCUUGUAAGCAUCAGAUUUCCAGGAUUGGCUUCCCAGUAUUUAAUAUAAAUAAUACCAUAUAAUAUAUUGUUUCUGAAUUAUCGAGAAAUAUAAUGCCAUUAUUCAAAUUUCUAAGAUUGUCUGCCAAAGGCUUACCCAUUCUAGUUUUGUUUGCUGUUGGGUGUUUGGGAAAGAGUUGAUCAUUUUCAGUGGUAUCUUUAUACUUUCCUGAGUUGUGAAUUUUAUACCGUUGAAGGUCUUUUUUCCUGCUUCUUCCUUCUCCAAGCUUCUCCCCUGUUUCUACUUUAAUUUUCCUAACCAUUUCUACUUACCAGUUUUUUCUUCUUACGGAUCCAUGCUAGGUUGUACAAACUUUAUGGACUUGUUACCAUUUGCAGUUACCAUAAGUGCUUUAUCUUCUCUAUGCACCGGCUUAAACUUGACUGUUGUAUGUUGGCAUAUUUUCUAUGCAGCACUUGGUCAACUUCAGUUUAAAACACUGAUUAGUUUGUUCCAAAGUUCAUUUUUUGAAAGUACUCUUGUUAGCAUGAUCAUUUUUAGAGCUACUGGUUACCUACCUGAGCUCCUGCAUUUUUUUUUUCCCCUUCCCCUCACAGCUGAGGUUUCUUUCUCUAAUCCACUGAAAUUAUUGUGUGCUAAAUUUGGGAAACAAAUCUAUUCUAACUCAUUAACCCAGUUGCAAUUUAGGUCUGUCAUCUUAAUAUAUCAUGCGGUAAAAGGAAGAAUCUUCAUAAAGUGACCCACCUUUCAUGCUGCCCCAGCGUUGUCCUGCUUGUGCUGAUGAUGUGAUUAGGUGUAGAGAAUUUGCUUAAAUUUAACCAAAGUUUAUCACACAGCUUAAUGAGUCAUAUUGAAAUGUUCAUUAAUUGAACUGCAAAUAAAUGUUAGUUACCAAAAGAGCUAAAGCAUGUCAGUGGCAUGAUGCUUGCCAAGCCAGAUCUAGAAUAAUUAAAGUAUUUUAGUGCGCAAUUUACUGCCGUAGUAUCAAAGGUCAGUAACAGUGUUCUUUUCUUUCUUCAAGCUUACCUAUACCUUUAAAGAUAACUUGCAUGAAUUACUUUGGUCGCAAUCAUUUGUCACAAUAGUUAAACACUCAAGGUUGAAGCACUUCCUAUUCCCUUUACUGAAAGUUAGCUUUUCUUUUCUUUUUGAAAAAAGAUUUUUUUUACAGCUUUGCUAAUGCCACAGAAAGGGCUCUUUUAACUUAAGGAAAGAUAAGUGAAAAGUACUAAAAAGAUUCAGGUAAUUAUCAUUCAGCACUUUAUUGUUAUUCAGAAUAAAAUUUAUGAUGUCAUAUUUGCCCUGCAAAUGUCUUAAUGAAAUUGUUCUGAAUAAAAAGCUCCUUAUUGAUUUGAGAAAAACUCAAUUUACCUGUGAGUUUAAUGAGCUGGAUCACGUGGAUUUUUGUGUGGACAUUUUAUUGUGAGGAUUGAUGUAAUAGUAUUUAGAGGGUCAUACUGCAGUCACAUUAGGUUUAUCUUCAUCUUUAUUCAAUAAAAAGCUUAUAAUGAAGAGUUAUCAAUAAGCAAGAAAACCCUAGACUUACUUUCUGGUUAAAUACCUGAGGUUUAAUAAUUUUAAAGAUAUCCUUACUCAUUUUACUAGGUUGUAAAUUUCACCAUUGAAAGAGGUAGAUUGGCUUUAUCAAUAUAAAUUUGUCCACUUACAUAUGUAUUAUACAUAUCAUCUUUUCCCAACCUUUUCCUGAAGAGGUUUUGAUAUUUACCAUGGGCAAAUUUGGUGAAAUGUUUAACUGCCAUAUAUCUUAAGAAUACUUUAAUUUAGAUGAAGAUUCUAGAGUUAUGAGACAUCAGUAUUCUGAGUUUAUUUGGCAAUGAUCAAGUGGUAUAAGCAUUAUAUAGACAAGUUGCUGUUUUUAAAAGGAAGUCUUGGCACGUGCAAUAAAUCUGUGUUCGUUGAUCUCAACUUUUAGGUAAAGGAUGAGCAAUUGGAUCUUUAAGUGAUUUACCAUUUCCCUUCUGUUUUGGAGGGGUUGGAGGGCUUGUAUGCUCUUAGAAUAGGACACAUCUCACAUUGCUUUUACAGGUGAAGGUGAAUUCUGCAACUCUAGUAUAAAAUAAGGGUUUCUUUAUAUGGCAUUUUCCUCCACUAAAAAUAGAUAAUAGUGUGAAGUGUUCUUCAGUUCUUGAUGAUGGAAAUGUCUUUUUUAGAUGAGCAUAUAAUUCUCCUGUAUUUUCCAUCUCUGUAAAUGUCAUUAAGAGCUUUUGAAAAAUCCGUUAAAUAGCUCAGAAUUGUUGGUAUUUUAUUGUAGAGGAAGUUGAUUAAUGAGUAUGACCUCAGACACUGUUCAGGCCUUUGUCGGAAUGUAUUCUCAAUAUGUCAUGAGCCGAAUAAAAAAAUUACAUGAACUUGUGAUAUUUUUUAACCAUGGAUGAGCAAUUUAUACUUAAUGAACUAGUUACACUCAUUUGAGUCAGACUGAACUAUACACUGUAGCAUGCUGAUGUUGGCUGGAGCUAAUAUUGAUUACAUUUCUACAAAACAGAGCCCUGUUAAGACCUGCUGAAUUUUAGGUGUUCCAUUAUCAAUCAUUUCUGUAAAAGAAAUGGUCAUUUUACUCAGAUUAGAUACCAGUCUACUGUAAAUUAAAGUCAAGUGGAUUAUAGAUUUAAAAAAAAAAUAGUCAUUUUCUUGGCCAUGAAUUUGACAGGGGUAAGUACCCAAAUUGGCAAAAGGUAAUUUAGUGCCCAUUAUUCUGAAGUUAAGUGAUGGCUCACUUGUAAAGUGGCGACCUAAUGUAUAUUAUUUUAGAGACCUCCCAUCUACAUGCCUCGGGAAAAUUGUUUAGGUUUAUAUUUGAAAAAUAAAGUCACAUUGCCCAGCAGAAACCUUAGGUUGAAUUUUAUAGGUAUAAUAACCCGUGUAACUAACUUUCUCAGAAUUGUGGGUGUGUAACCAUAUUUAUCGUACACUGUAACAGCAGCGUUAUUGCUUGAGGCGUAAAUCAUUUUAGAGGUUGAUACUAAGGAAACUAAAAUUAAUCGGUCAAUCCCUUUUUUUCUUGCCCUCAUAUAUCACUAAACAACUAAAGUUCCUUUCCCUUUUGUUAGUACCCCUUGUGUAUUUUCAAAAGAAGUACUGUAUUCAGAUGCCAGCCAAUAAAUUGUCACACAGUGGAAAAUGAUAUACCACAACAUUCAUUGUAUGGUAUAAUAAAAUUAAAUUUGCACCAAAUAUAAGUGUAUUCUUAUUAACUCUUAAUAAUUUGACUGAUGUUAUCCUAAUGCAUGUAUUAGUAUUCUGGUUCAGAAAACAACUUGAUCAUUUAUGAUUAGUUCAAACUUGAGAGAGUUCUGAUGUGAGUUUUCUCUAUGUGAAAAGCAAAGAUGACUUAUGUACAGUUUAUUCUAAUUUUUUUUUUCCCAGUAAAGACCACAGACUAAAAUAAAGAUAGGGUAGAAAACUUUGGUUGUGCUCUGCAUAGAAAAAGGGCUUUCAAAAAAUAAUAUUUUUAUUAAGGUAACAUUGGUUUACAGCACUGUAUAUGAUUGAGAGGUACAGGAUCACACUCCUCAUGCCACAUUUGCUAACUGGGUUAGUGUUAGGUACCAAAGUCUGUCAUAAAUAAUAGAAUGUUCCAUUCAAUUUCCAUCAUUUUAAAUUGUAAACUCUAAGUAGUCCUUUCUCUUACAUGUGUCUUUUCUGUUACAAAAAUAUAUAUAUAUAAGUCAAGAAAAUGGACUGGUCAUUAUUUCUAAACUCCAAGCAUCAGUGGAAAUACCCAGUUUUACAGGCUUUACGCUUUUGAAUCUUCACCCACCCUUACCGGUACCCCAGGCUUUGUCAUCCUUUCGGUGGGACCUUCAACCUGUAGUUUUCUUUACCCUGAGCUUAUGGUUGUCUCCUCAGUAUCACCUUUUAAUAUUUUGUUGUUGCCCGUAUUCUUUUUAAAAUUAUUUUCUGAUAGCAUUGUUAAUUUUUGGACCUUCUUUGGUUUCGUCCCUCAGGGUUGUCGCGGUGGUUAUCCCAUCACCACAGCACCCGUGACCCAGUACAGAGUCCCUGUGCGAUUCCCUCCCGGUUUAGACCUACUCACCCUCCCUCCCCUGCUGUAUGCCUCAGUCUGGGCAGCUUGCAAGUUCCCUGUUUUUCCUGUGCCUUUGUUUGCUUUCUCUGUAUCCCACAUGUAAGUGAAACCAUCU